UAAAGGAUUGUGUGUUUGCAGCUCAGCUACCGCUUUCAAUGGCUUUUCGGACGUAUUAUCAUUGAAUGCCUGGGCUUUUGAAUAUAUUUUUUCUGCUGAGAAAUCCAUCGCAAUAAUGGAUAUCUUGUGGAUUUUUUGGAUAGUACCGACGGUAUGGGCAGUGGAAGAAAUGCUGAUGGAUUCUACAACAGCAACGGCAGAGCUGGGUUGGACAGUGUACCCUUCAUCUGGGUGGGAAGAAGUGAGUGGAUAUGAUGAGAACAUGAACACCAUUAGAACCUAUCAGGUGUGUAAUGUUUUUGAAAGCAACCAGAAUAACUGGGUGCGGACCAAAUACAUCAGGCGGCGAGGGGCCCAGCGCAUUCACGUGGAAAUGAAGUUCUCUGUGCGAGACUGCAGCAGCAUUCCCAAUGUGCCGGGCUCAUGCAAAGAGACUUUUAAUCUUUACUACUAUGAAUCAGACUCGGACACAGCUAACAAAGUCUUUCCAGCCUGGAUGGAGAACCCCUGGAUCAAAGUGGACACCAUUGCAGCCGAUGAGAGCUUUUCCCAGGUGGAUCUCGGGGGCAGAGUCAUGAAGAUCAACACUGAGGUGCGUAGCUUUGGACCAGUGUCACGCUACGGCUUCUAUCUGGCCUUCCAGGACUAUGGAGGGUGUAUGUCUCUGAUUGCUGUGCGAGUGUUUUACCGUAAGUGCCCCCGAGUCAUCCAGAAUGGGGCCAUCUUUCAUGAGACUCUCUCUGGAGCUGAGAGUACCUCCUUGGUGGCUGCUCGUGGUGUUUGUGUGCCAAACGCUGAGGAAGUGGAUGUGCCAAUUAAGUUGUACUGCAAUGGAGACGGGGAAUGGAUGGUACCCAUUGGGCGCUGUAUUUGCAAGGCUGGGCAUGAGUCUGUAGAAAAUGGAACAGUGUGUAGAGCCUGCCCAUCAGGGUCAUUCAAGCCCACCCAAGGAGAUGAGUCGUGUGUCCACUGUCCAAUCAAUAGCCGGACCACAUCAGAGGGAGCCACAAAUUGUGUGUGCCGCAAUGGGUACUAUCGGACCGAUUCUGACCCACUCGACAUGCCAUGCACAACAAUCCCUUCAGCACCUCAAAAUGUCAUCUCCAGCGUGAACGAGACCUCACUGAUGUUGGAAUGGUCUCCACCUAAGGAAGCAGGAGGACGUGAAGAUGUGGUCUACAAUAUCAUCUGUAAAAGCUGUGGAGCUGGGCGAGGGGCAUGCACCCGCUGUGGAGACAACGUGCAGUUUGUACCACGGCAACUGGGCCUCACCGAGCCUCGCGUCUACAUCAGUGACCUGCUGGCACACACCCAGUACACCUUUGAAAUCCAGGCCGUCAAUGGAGUAUCGGACCAGAGCCCCUACUCGCCACAGUUUAAUGCUGUCAACAUUACCACCAAUCAGGCCGCUCCUUCAGCAGUGUCCAUCAUACACCAGGUGAGCCACUCUGUGGACAGCAUCACUUUGUCAUGGUCUCAGCCCGACCAACCCAAUGGAGUCAUUCUAGACUACGAGCUCCAGUAUUAUGAGAAGGCCCAGAGUGAGUACAACUCAUCUACAGUCAGGAGCCAGACCAACACAGCAGUCAUUCGAGGACUGAAGCCUGGCAGUAUCUAUGUGUUCCAAGUUCGAGCACGUACAGUAGCUGGCUUUGGGCGCUAUAGUGGCAAAAUGUACUUCCAGACUAUGACUGAAGCUGAAUACAAGACCAGUCUACAGGAGAAGCUUCCACUCUUCAUUGGCUCGGCAGCCGCAGGUCUCAUCUUCCUUGCUGCCAUUGUGGUCAUCAUCAUUGUCUGCAACCGGAGGAGGGGCUUUGAGAGGGCGGACUCUGAGUACACAGAUAAACUCCAGCACUACACCAGUGGCCACAUGACUCCAGGAAUGAAGAUCUACAUUGAUCCGUUUACAUAUGAGGACCCCAAUGAAGCAGUGCGAGAGUUUGCCAAGGAAAUUGAAAUCUCAUGUGUGAAGAUUGAGCAGGUCAUUGGUGCAGGCGAAUUUGGGGAAGUGUGCAGUGGCCACCUCAAGCUACCCGGAAAGAGAGAGAUGUUCGUGGCCAUAAAAACCCUCAAGUCAGGCUACACAGAGAAGCAGCGAAGGGACUUCCUUAGCGAGGCCAGCAUUAUGGGCCAGUUUGACCAUCCCAAUGUCAUCCACCUGGAAGGUGUGGUGACCAAGAGCAGCCCUGUCAUGAUCAUUACAGAGUACAUGGAAAACGGAUCAUUGGACUCCUUCCUACGGCAGAAUGAUGGACAGUUUACUGUGAUCCAGCUGGUGGGCAUGCUGCGAGGCAUUGCAGCUGGGAUGAAGUACCUAGCAGACAUGAAUUACGUCCAUCGUGAUUUGGCAGCUCGUAAUAUCCUCGUCAACAGCAAUCUGGUGUGCAAAGUAUCUGAUUUUGGGCUGUCCCGCUUCCUGGAGGAUGACACCUCAGACCCCACGUACACAAGUGCUCUGGGAGGAAAGAUUCCAAUUCGAUGGACGGCACCUGAAGCAAUUCAGUACCGAAAGUUCACCUCAGCCAGUGAUGUCUGGAGUUACGGCAUUGUUAUGUGGGAGGUGAUGUCUUACGGAGAGAGACCAUACUGGGACAUGACAAAUCAGGAUGUCAUCAAUGCAAUUGAACAAGAUUACAGACUGCCCCCACCUAUGGACUGUCCAAGCGCCCUUCAUCAGCUUAUGCUGGACUGCUGGCAGAAAGAUCGCAAUAACCGGCCCAAGUUUAGCCAGAUAGUCAACACGUUGGAUAAAAUGAUCCGCAAUCCCAAUAGUCUGAAGGCCACCACACCGCUGUCAUCAGGGGUGCACCUUCCUCUGUUGGACCGUAGUGUUCCUGACUUUUCCAGUUUCAACACUGUGGAAGAGUGGCUUGAUGCCAUUAAGAUGGGACAGUACAAGGAGAACUUUGCCAGUGCGGAGUUUACUAGCUUCGAUGUUGUGUCACAGAUGACUAUGGAGGACAUUCUCCGGAUUGGAGUAACGCUAGCAGGGCAUCAGAAGAAGAUCCUCAACAGUGUGCAGAUGAUGCGAGCUCAAAUGAACCAAAUCCAGUCUGUGGAGGUUUGAUGCCUGGGGUGGGGAAGGUUAGGAGCUGAACUCCUAAACUCAAGUCUUCCUGUGUGAGGCUUCUCCGUCUCCCCUUCAACCUUCCCACCUUCCCACAUUUUUGAGAUUAUCACUGAGCGCCCCUCAAGAAAACAUAUCUUCAGCUACCAGCACAGACCAUCGGGAAGCUCCAGAACUUUGUGAGAUCAUAGAACCUCCGUGGAAUCAGGGGAUGGGGGGGUGGGCUAAGAAGUGUUUUUUUUAACAAAAGUAAUUUUUAAAUGUUAAGAAACACGAGCAGAUAUAUAUGCAUAUAUUUAUAUAUACAUAUAUAUACAUAUAUACGCGUGUACAUAUGUAUAUAUAUGUGUAUGUAUGUAUAUAUAUGUGUGUGUAUAUAUAUAUAUAUAUAUAUAUAUAAAUAAAAGAAACUGAACUGAAGAAGGCUACCCUUUAAAAGGGCUACAAUAAAAAACACAUAAGUAAAUAAAUAAAUAGAAACUGAAGAAGAUGCCACUGCAGCCAGUUUGUUCAAAUGUAAUUUUAUCUCAACCCUCUACGAUGGACUUCUUGAUGCCAACGAGUAAAAACUGAAUCCACUGGGCUUGCUCAGAAUUUUGGGUUCAGACUAUUAGUGCAUUGGCUUGAAAGAGACUACAUGGAGAUUUCUGUCCAUGCAAUGGAACUGAAGCUAUUUUACACAUAUGGAUGUGAACUGUCAAAGAACGCUCACCUGGUGGUGGGGGAUAUUUUCUAUAACUUCCUCCCACCUCCCCUGCAUCAGAACAGAGAAUUGCCCUGCUUGUGUUGCUCUUUGCUUCAUCAUCUUUUCUGAAGGCCUGUGUUUUAACAUUUUAUUUUCUGAACUUACCUAAACCUGCCAAAUGAAUCUCCUUGGUUAUGCACAGCCAGUGAUGUUGCCCUCCUGUACCUAUUAACGUGCACUCUGCGCUGUGUGAGGUCAUUGUGACUCACAAACUACAGCAGUGUCAUAAGGGAGCAGCAGAUUAAGACACAUGGGAGUGGACUUGUCAUGGGAAGGUGGGGAGGGCUGCUAUAGUUAAAUCUGUAUUUUAUACAUUUUUGUUGCUUUCCAAAUGCCUUGCUGGUACAGCAGAGAUGUCAUCCAUGUCCUUUCUCACCUUUCUUAAUCCACCUCAACAAAGUGCUGAAAACACAAGUGUGCAGAAAGACUCUGCUCCCAUAGUGUUUACAUACAGACACUGUGAGGGUAGCCAUAUGGCCCUUGUUUAGUCGCACGAAUGGAUUUAACUGUGGUGGUGCUUAUGUGGAGGCUUCACUUUCUCCCUUUUCAUUUUGUGCCGGGUUUGGAAUGGCUUCACUGGGAGUUUGCUUUCUUGACACUUUAAAAAAAAAAAAAAAAAAAAAAAGUGCUGAUGUUGGGAUGGGGCAGUAGGGUGGGGGUGGGGGAUAUGUUUUUGGUUUGGAAUUUUUUAAGAUGUUUUAUACUGAAGUAUUAGAAUUUUAAUACCACAUGCAGUUACCGAAUUGUUAAUACUGACUGAAUUAGCCUAGCAGACCAAUUUUUUCUUUUAUGUUUUCAGGCUGGCCAUGUUUUUCACAAUAACUUUUUAUAUGCUAUACUUAGAAUGACAUGUUAUGGGGGGGGGGGGUGCAAAAAUUUUAUGCACCAUUCUGUACAAGAGAGUGAAUUAGGGAAUGAGUAUGUGAAAGGCAAUCAAGCUUAGCAAAGUUGUCUAGACAUUCUCUACAUAAUACACUUGCUGUGGUAACUCUCGAUGGGUAUGGAAAUUUCAAGACUUGGUAGGGAGGGGUCCGUCUUCAUUCUUAGAAUGGCGGCCAAGCUUCCUCUAGUGGAAAUCAGAAAAAAUAAGUGUCUUGACAAUCUCCAGUUCAUUACGGUUCUCUCCCUGCUAAGAUCAAAGUAGGCUCUCAGCAGCAUUUCAGCCCUCCACGUUGGUGGAUAGUCCUCGUCAGUGUAGAACGCAGGAAGGCUGCGUAGUUUCCUGAAAGGGAAAGAUUCCUGUAUUAUGACAGGAGCACAAUCAGUCUUUAGCGCCUUCCAUAGCAAGCACCUCCCAAAGAGUUUUACAGCUCGAGUUAAAAAAGUAUAUUUUGUGUGUAUUUUUUUUAAUGCAGGAGGAUUACACAAAUUGCUCAGGGUCAUACAGGGUGCCAUCGGUGGGAUUUGAAUAAAGAGGAGUGAGGUUUAAAUUCCAGCUUCUUAACCACUACACAAUUUUCUCUGUAUAUUUUUCUACAUUGCCUAUACUCUCUUUGUUCAAAAAAGCCAGCCAACAUGCAAUAAUUAGGAGUCCUACCUCCACACCCUGCUCACCCAAAAGCUGCAAUAAUACAUGUUUUUGCUCAAGUUAUUUUGUAAUUUCUAAAAUUAUGCUUAGGUGUCAUGCCAAAGGGAGCACAUGCUCUCCAGCAGCAACACUGCUAGACACAAGCGAUCAGCAUGUACUUGUUACAAGCAGUUUUCCCAGUUGACAAAAUUUGAUAUCCAUUAUAUAUGCAAAUCACACUGCUAACUAUAAUAAAUUAACUGUAAACAAGGUCAAGUUUCACACGACUGUCUGAUCACCUGAUAUACAAGAUUGUCAUCAGCAAGCACCAGUUUUCACCCAAUAAUUAUGAUUUGAAUGAGCACAAUGCAGUGAGAAAGACGAGCGUCACCAUAGCUUGAUGAAACAGCAUUGUUUGUACAAAAAGAAGCUGCAGAGCUACAGCUGGAUGCUCAGGUUCAUGUUUAAAUAUAAAAAAAGCACAAGAAACAAGCAAGGAAGAGAGCCGCUAACCAGGGCCGUUCUACCAGAUGUGACAGAUGUAGUAAUGGGUACAAUUAGGUUGCAUGGCAUACCGGUAUUGAGUAAGUACCAAAAAAUCCAGUUUUUAAAAUUAUACAGGACGAGCAUUUUAAUUCUGGUACCAAAAGUAAAAGGUAGUUUUCAAGCACCUUGUGCUCAGUUGUUUAUUACUGUGAAUAUCGUGUUACUUCCAAGGGAAAACCCCAUGACCCCCUGGCUCUUGGAUGUAAUAUACAUAUUACAUCAAUUUCAAUUCACCAAUAUGUAAGCUUUUUGAAUGUUUAUAUAAACAUGCAUGAAACUCUAAGGGGGCAUAAUCACUCCUUGUAAUGAUUUGCAGAGUGCGGGAUAACAGGGAGGUGUGUAAAAGUAUGACGGAGCACAGUGGAUAGGGGAACAAAGUAGCAGUGAGAAGAUGGAGGAGAGGGAGAUACCCGUUAUUUGCUUUGGUAUUAUUUUGGUGCCAUUACUGAGGUCUGAAAGCUGGUAUUAAUACCAAAGAUCCAAAACUAGGUUCAAUACUCAGCACAUUGAUGAUAUUAAGACCCCACAUAACCCAGUUACCUCACAUUACUAGUACAAAUCAUCUUUGUAAAAGUGCUUCCAGAAGAACUUAAAUGCAAGGUUUAAUUUUUGAGGGUGAAGUAAUGAUAAAUGGGAUUUUCCCAGAUAUCAGAAGAGGGAUACUGCAUUCUUCUUGUAUUUAGUCUACCAAACGCAUAAGUACUGGAGCAGAACACUCCAUCACACUCUUCCCCUUAAUGCUGCACCGAUUUUCAUACUUUUAAACAAAAGAAACAAUCAAAAUGGUACUUUUGAUAUUAGUGGUAGAGGAACCAUUUAAGGUAGAACAGAAGAAACUGGUCAAGUGCAGCGAGGUUCAAUACACUAAACAGACAAAUACUUGACGAUCCAAACAAAAAGGCAAAUUGAACCUGAAGUCAGUAUGGAGUCAAAACAAAAACCUAGAAACACAAGAAUACACACAAGAAUUCACGAAGUGAUGCCCCUCUUACUAAAUUUUCUCUGUUAAAGAUGACCAUACACCUGCUGAGUCCAUGCCCCCCUAGCAGUCAAAUGACAUCACAGCAACCUAUCCCACAAAGGUAGCAUGUCAUGAUGACAAAAACAAAUAGCUAAAGAAAUGUGAAAGGGAAAAAAUGAACAGGAUCAAAAAGAAAAGAACAAAAUUCUGUUUUAAUUGAAUCAUGACAGACAUUUACAUCCUAAUACAAACAAAGCAAGAACUUGUAUAUAUGACGAAAUGCUUGUUAAUAAUCUUCAGGGUUCUCUGCACAGACAGAAGUAUUUGGAUAUGUCGUUGUAUUUUUCCAUAAACAUUUCUCAAUGCUAAACAGGCCAGUUAAGUUCUUUUACAACUACAUUUUCAUUGCUUUGUGCCUCUCAGCCAUGGGAGAACCGGGCGACUACAAAAGCAUUCCUCGCUACAGAGAUCAGAUGUGGCAAAGAGCCAAUUAGCCGAGUCUGGUGUGAAAAAGGUGAAAGUGUGGUGUUUUGCAUGGAUCAGCUAAUUGGGCUUGAAUUGUGCACUCUGAGAAAUGCAGAUUUUUGUUUUUAAUGACUCUGCUGUUUAAAGAAUCCGUUUAUCGGUCCAGCACUUGCAUCUAAAGAUAAAGGGAGCUCAGACAGAAUUGCUUUAUUGCACAAAGCAGCAGCAGCAGUAACUAAUUAAGAACAUGGCUGUGAUUUUUUGCUACUUGAGCACCAACUUCGAGCAAAAUGCAGUGUAUAUCACAAUGAUGGAAAAUAUUUUCGACUCUCUGAUCAUGGGGCAAAUUAAAAGGCAGAUAUUGUAUUCAUUUUCACACUCAUUUAGACAGAAAACAAGACAGUUUUCGUGAGUGCACAUUUUCUACUACAGAGUUGAAUGCCAGUUCACCACAGAACACAGGUCAUACACCAAUAUGCCCUAAUACUGGGACAAUGUAGACUUGCUAGCUAACGCUGAGGUGUGGCAGGAAAACAAAGAAGUUCCAAAAAUGCCCAGGCCAGGGGUCAAACCCAUGUAAAAAUGGCUACUGGAGACCGAUUUAUCCAGUUUUUUUUUUUUUUUUUUGGUUUU